ACAUAUUUAGAAACGUCUAUAUUUGACCAAAUGACUCGUUUUAUAAAUACAAAGUAAACCAACACACAAAACUUGAAGGGUUUACUUGACCAAAAUCUAAAACUACGGGGCUCCUUGGGCCUUUUAGCCAAUUCCCCUUCAAUCGAGACUCCACUCUCCAGCCAAUCGGGGUGGUAAACUGUUUUUCGGUUAACGGUUAUACCGUUAACUGAACCGGUAACCAGCGGUUACCGGUAUACGGUAGCCAAUAUUCAACUAUCGGUAUACAGUUUUAUACCCGAUUAAUAACCGUCGGUUAUCCGGUAUACCGAGUAACCGAGUUUCGGCAAUCCCUUUACUUAAUACACGCCCAACUCCGCAUUUUCAGCUGUCCCUUUUCCUUUCCCCAACCCUCCCCAAGACUCCCAAAGCAUCAGCUCUCUCUCCCUCGAUCGAUCUCCUCUCCCCAACCCUCUCCAAAACCCCAAGCAUCAUCUCUCUGGAUCGAUCGAUCUACUCUUCCCAAUCCCUCCACCCAAGACCCCAACCGUUGUCUCUCUGGAUCGAUCGAUCUCCUCUCCCCAACCGUCAUCUCUAUCUCGAUUUCCCUCUCCCCAACCUCCUCUCUUUCUCGGUCUUCUCUCCCCAACCCUCCUCUUUUCCGAUCUCCACCCAGAAAAUCUUGUUUGCAAGUGGUGCAUGCGAACGGAGAGAAAGAACCCACUGCAAAUAAACCUCCUGAUCCGCCCACCGUCGUGCCGCCGCUGCCGUCACUGCGAGUGAUUCGUCAGAAUCGGACCUCAAGAUUUCACCACCGCAUCCGCAUGCACCGCCUUCUUUCUUUCCAUCUCCGUUCCUCUGUGUCGUUUCCAGCAGGGGAGAGGGAAAGAUGAGGGUAGAUGGGUGUUUAGCCAAUGUUACACCACGAAUCCCCUUUCUCGUUCCUUCUCCUCUUCGCCAUCGACGACAGGAGAGACAGUCGCCGGAAGAUUUUGUUCGAUUGCCCUCUCUUUGUGGCAGAUCUGAACUGUGAUGGGGAUGGAAACGAGGGAACAAGGCUGGUAGGGGAAGAAGUCAGAGAGGAAGGAAGAAGGAGAAGUCAAUUAUAAAAGCAAGACGGUGGUCGUUGAUUAUGGAGUGGACGAUGGGAAAGUGGGAGGUUUUCCUGGAAGUGGAAACUCAAAUCCAGAAAGAGAAAGAAGGAAGAAGAAAAAAGAAUUAAAGAAAAAAUAAAAAAAUAGGAGUAAGUGGUGGGGGUGCGGUUUCUCGAUAUAACCGGUUGGUAACCGUUUAUCCGGUUAUCCGGUUAACCGGAUACCAACCGGUAUCGAUAGUCGAAUUUCGUAUUGCCUCUGCCGGUAUACCGAUAACCGGUUAUUCAGUAACCGGUUUAACCGAUACCGACCGAUUAUCAGCCCUACCAGCCAACACUGAAGUUUCAAUUGAUAAGAGUAGAAUAAAAGUUAGGGUAAAUAUAAUUUAAUAGUAAAACCUUUGUGUUUUAAACAAUAUAAUAGUCAAACUUUUUCGAAAACAAUUUAAUAGCCAAACCGUCAAUUUUUUCGUCAAUUUGAUCGUGAGUUAAUUCUGACGUGGCAAAAAUUAAGUGAGCUAGAUGUAUUUUUCUAAUGUGGCAAAAAGUCAAACAUUUGACUAUGCCACAUGUAUUUUAGAUAAUUUUACAAAACAAGUUGGGCGGGUUGGGCAGGUGCGCUGCUUCCUCUCUUCCUCCGGUCUUUUUCUCCAGCAAAUGAGAUAUAUGAAUCCCAGAAAAAAGGAUGAUUCUGCAAUGUGGCGAGGCAGGGCCAUAGCGGCAUACCCUAGAAUAGUCGCCCCGAAGCAGAUGUUUCAAUCGUCUCUGUUCUAGAUACAUCGCGGGAGAGAAGAGAUGGUUUUGUUGUUGAUCUUGGAAACUUGGAAUUGGAGAGUCGGGGGGACUGGGGAGCAGGGAGGCGCAUAUGCGAUGGGGAAUUUUUCUUCUUUUUCUUUUUCAUGGUUAGGGUUGGCGAUUUGUUUUUCUUUCCCGCGAUUAUAAUUUAAUUAUUUGUAUUAUUAGCAAUAAAUAAUUUUUAAUUCAAUAAAAUGAUAAAGAAAAACAAAUAUAGGUUGACGUGUACACAUAUUUGUCAUUUCAAAAUCAACUAAUAGUUGACUGGACGAAAAGUUAACGGUUUGGCUAUUAAAUUAUUUUUUAAAAGAUUUUGUUUAAAAUGAAAGUUUUGACUAUUAAAUUGUAUUUACCGUGAAAGUUAUGGCCAAUAUGACUAUGUUGCUACUUGCUAACAACACGUUUUCUUAACACAUACUCAAAGAGUUUCAAUAAAAUGAUAAAGAAAAACAAAUAUAGGCUGACGUGUACACAUAUUUGUCAUUUCAAAAUCAACUAAUAGUUGACUGGACGAAAAGUUAACGGUUUGGCUAUUAAAUUAUUUUUUAAAAGAUUUUGUUUAAAAUGAAAGUUUUGACUAUUAAAUUGUAUUUACCGUGAAAGUUAUGGCCAAUAUGACUAUGUUGCUACUUGCUAACAACACGUUUUCUUAACACAUACUCACAGACCAUGGAAAUUCGAAAACAUGUGGCUCCUUGACAUUUCAUUUGAUAAUCAUAUGGAAGAGUGGUGGAGUGGACAGCCUGAUGGAAUUGGUGACAUGUUCGUGCUCGAACAGAAAUUGAAGCACUUGAAGGGCCUCAUCAAGGUUUGGAACAAAGAGGAGUUCGGGAUAGUGGAAAAGAGAAUUGCCGAGAUCCUCGGGAAAGUUAAAGAGAUUGACAUGAAGGAGGAAGAAAGUGCUCUCAGCGAGGAUGAUUUACUUGCUAGAAGUAACCUUAAGUGCAAUCUGGAUCAAUUGCUGAUCAUGGAGGAGAUCUCAUGGCGCCAAAAAUCUAGAGAAAUUUGGCUAAAGCGGGGCGACAAAAACACCAAUUAUUUCCACAAAAUGGCCAGCUAUAACAGGAGGAGGAACCUGGUCUCAAAUAUAAGGGUUAAUGGUGUGUUGGUUGAGGGACAAGAAGCUCUAAAAGAAGCCUUUGUUGGUCACUUCAAUUCUGUUUUCAUUGAAGACCUACCGGAGCGUCCCUUCCCAGCCCAGUACGGGAACUACAACGUUUCUGAAGAAGACUGUGAGUUGCUUACAAGACCGUUUACGGAAGAGGAAGUUUGGAACAUUGUUCGACGGUGUACGGGAGACAAGGCGCCUGGACCAGAUGGUUACUCCUUUGCCUUUUUCAAGAAACAGUGGGGGGUUAUAAAAGAAGAUGUUCUGAAGGCUUUCAACAACUUCCACUAUAAUGGGAGGAUCCCAAGGUGCAUUGCUCACUCCUUUUUCUGCCUCAUUCCUAAGAAGGAGGCGGUGGAGGAGAUUAGAGACUUUCGCCCAAUUAGCCUCCGUAGCAGCGUCAACAAACUGCUGUCGAAGACCAUAACCGAGAGACAUAGAUCAGUUGUGAUGAAGGCUGUCUCCGGUAAUCAAUUUGGAGGCCUCAAAGGUCGACAAAUCCACGAAGCUUCUUUGAUAGCUAACGAGUUAAUUGAUAGUAGGAGAAAGAGCGGCAAGCCAGGUUUGGUUUUCAAGCUUGACAUUGAAAAAGCCUUUGACAAUGUUAAUUGGAAUUGUCUGUUCAAGAUCCUGGAUAGCUUUUGCUUUCCUCAGAGGGCUAAAUUAUGGAUCAAAGGGUUGGUUACCUCUCCUGUUCUCUCGGUUCUCGUUAAUGGGGAAGCUGCCGGUUUUUUCAAAACGCAUAAAGGUCUGCGUCAAGGAGAUCCUAUGUCUCCCUUCCUCUUCCUCCUCGUUAUGGACAUCCUUUCUGCUAUGCUGGAAACGCUUAGGAGUGAGGGCUGUAUCUCCGGUUUCUUCAUGGAUGAACCCAACUCUAGAGGGGAAGUUACACAUCUCCUUUAUGUCGACGAUACUAUCAUCUUUUGCGAGGCAAACGAGGAACAUGUAUUGAACUUACUGUCAACUUUAGUAUGUUUUCAAGCGGUGACUGGACUGAGAAUCAAUGUCGAGAAAAGCAUGAUGUUCCCCGUUGGGAGUGUUCAGAACCCUGAGAUCUAUGCAUGCAUUUUUGGUUGCGGUUGGUCUUAUCUCCCAACCAUCUAUCUUGGCCUACCCCUCGGAGCUAGUCCUAAUUCUACGGCUGUCUGGAAUAGAGUUCUAUUAAGAUUUCAAACGAGGCUUGAGUGUUGGAGAAGCAAAUUCUUGUCUCUGGGUGGGCGUAUCAUCUUAUGCAAGAGCUGCCUCUCAAGUCAACCUUUGUUCCAAUUCUCUUUGCUGAGAGCGCCCAAAGCAACUAUUCAUAAGAUGGAGCAAAUGCAACGUAGCUUCAUAUGGUCAGGUGCACAGGAUAAGAGCAAAUAUCAUUUGGUUCGUUGGGAUCUUUGCAAGGCUACAAAGGAUAGAGGUGGGCUGGGUGUCUUGGACCUAGACAACAUGAAUUUGGCUCUCCUUGCCAAGUGGUUCUGGAAAUUUGCCACGGAGCCUAACUCCUGGUGGCGACAGCUUAUCGAGUUCAAGUUUCCAAACCCCCUAUCUAUUUGGAGAUCCGGAUCUGGUUCUGGUCCUUUGGGAUGUUCGAUGUGGAAACGCAUCAUGAAGGAGGAAGACUCAUUCUGGAAAUCUGCUCAUAUCAGUCCCGGGGGAGGUGCCUGGGUUUCUUUUUGGAACGAUUGCUGGUGGCCGGGAAUGAUUCUUAAAGAUGCUUAUCCCAGAGUUGCGGCCGCCUCCAUGUUCCAAGAAGCUUGGGUGUCCAAUAUCGUAUCCUUUGAGAGUGAGGGUGUGGGGUGGGAUUUGCAACUGUCUAUUUCCUUGAUGGGUGGGGCUGAGAGAGAGAGGCUUACUUUGAUGCAUUAUCUGUCACUUUUACCUCUUGAUUUGAUUACUACAGGUCCGGCUAAGCUUAUCUGGAAUUCUUGUUCAAAUGGUGGCUUUUCGGUGAAGUCCAUGUAUGACACCCUCAAUAAUGCUAGGUUCCAUGGCAUCAUCGACUUCCCAUGCAAGGUGAUUUGGCAGCCAUUUGUUCCCAUGAAGGUGAACGCUUUCCUUUGGCUUCUCAGGCAUUAACGUUAAUCGUAUGUUGUGUGACCAACCACGACGAAAGGUCUGGAACUCUACUUUGAAAUAAUAAUAAAAAAAAGACCAGUGGCAUUUGUUUCUCUCCCUCUCUAAUCAUUCUUCUCCUUCUGCCAAGAAUUCGAGUUGAAGGUCUCAUCUGCCGAUUCUUAAACAUCGUCCCAGUGUCAGCUCAACUCAUAUUCAAUGUCAAACAAACUCAAAUUUCAGAAUCAGUUAUAUUCAUAUUCAAUAUUAGGUACAAAUCAUAUUUCAUACACUGACCAUGAAUUAUGAGCAGUGCUAGAGUAUACUCCAAUCAGGGAUGGCAAUCAAAUCCGCAAUCGCAG